GAUUUUUUGAAAAGACCUACAAUUAUGUGGAUUAGAAUUUCUAGUUUUAUUUGCACUCCAUGAAUAUCUCAAUUUCAGUUAAUGGUUGGCCAAGGGUAUAUUUUGAGCUUCUAAAGAUGACGAGGAGAUCUUGUACCCUUUUUGUUUUCAGUUUAUUUGUUGACUGAUUGAAUGAAAUGAUGAAUAAUGGGAGCUAAGCUUGUCUAGAAUAUCAUGGUAGGUAAAUAGAAGAUUAAAGCUUCUCAUUUACAAUUUGCUGAUUACACUUUUAUAAUUUCUUGUAUGAUCAUGAACAAAACAUUAGAGACCUUCUAAAAGUUGAAGAAACGUCAAGUAUUCUUUCCAUCUUAACAUGUCUAAGCAUAAUUGUGGAUUUAACUCCUUGAAAAGGAGUAUCAACACUUUGGCUAAUUUAUUUGGGUUGUUAAUGGGGAGUUUGUGCUUUAAUAUUUAUGUUUUCUUUUGGGGAAUAAUCCUAGAUCUUAUACCUUUUUGGAUCCAGCGAUGUUUAAAGUUGAAGAUUAACUAUUUUUAUUUUUAUUUCGUUGGGGAAAGGGGCAUAAUUUCUUUCUAAAGAAGUUGGACUCAUCCUAAUCCCACUCUUUUUGUUAGUUUUUUCAAUUUACUUCCUCUUUUUGUUUAAAAUCCUAUGAGUGUUGCAAAAAGGAUAGAACUAUUGUAAAAAUUUCUUGUGGGAAAGUGAUGAUUGGAAAAAAGGUCCUCAUCUUCAUUGGUGGGACAUUGUGUGUUGGCAUGAGGGAAAAGGGUGCUCGACGACCUCAAGGGUUAAUAAAACUAAUGAAGCAUUAAAAAAUUCACGAAGAAGGCUUGGAUUCAUGUUUCUAUCACAUUUGUGAAAUCUUAACUAACCUAGUACAGUAGUUGUUGGUCUAGUCAUUGUGCUCCGAGUUUACCUUUGUAACCAUUACGGGGCGGAGUCCCCGGUCAUUUAAAAAAAAGAUGUUUGGCUAUAUUUGGAAUGUGGAGAAAAAAAGAAACUUUUUUUUUCUUUUUUGGCUAUCUUUUGAAAUUAUGUACCAAAAAUAAUUCUCUUUAGCAUGAGGCUUUAGUAGUAAUUGCGGCCUUUAUCAACGGGUGGUGGGACACAAAUGUGGUUAGCAACAAAAUUUUUAAAAUCCCUUAGAAAGAUAUCUAUUAAGUAUAACUUUUUUUAUCACUCUUACUUAGCCACGAAGUAUGGAAAGGAUUUCCAAUUUUGGGAUGGCAAGUGGGUAGGAUUGCUUAUGUGAAUCCUUUCCUCAUCGUUAUAAAUGCUUCUAGUUAUACUAGUAUGGUAUUCUCCCCUUUUCCUAGUGCUAGAAUUGGAAUUAUAAUUUCAAAAGGAAUUGAAUAAUGGUGAAUUUUUGUAACAUAUAAAGCUUAUGGAUUUGUAGAGAAACUAUGUAAAUGAUGAAACAAAAAAAGGGGAGAUUUUGGAACUUAAAGGCCUCAAGUUACUAAUUUUGUAUUUAUAUUUUCAAUUUGCUACUAACGAUACUCCAAUUGGUGAUUUCAAGCCUCUUAAUAUGAUUUAGAAUUUUAGAAGGCUAAAAUUGGGGGGGCCCCAUCAUAGAUGGUGAUUUGGAUGAAUAAUGGUAAUUUAUCCAAUUUGGAUUAGAAUUAGAUUAGGAUUAGAAUAUCAGUUUGAUUGCAACUAUGAUAAGAUUGAAUUAGGAUUUACAUUCUCAAAUUAAAUUUGGGUUAGAAGAAUCAGGGAAGAAAGCUACCUAUUCAAGCUAGGAAGGUUUAGCUGGAACAACAGUGUGUAUGUUGGUUAAUAAUAGCCAAGUGGCUUGGUUGUACAAGGUGUAGCGCCUUCAUUGCCAAUCUGGUGUAGCAUCUGAUUGAAUCUCAUAUUACAUUGUUAUAUUUCUUAUCAAUAAUUAAUAAAAAUCUCUUCCCUAUCUUUUACAAUCCUAUUCAAUAAUUUGCAUUAAAGUCAAAGUUCUGUUAAUUGGUAUUAGAUUACCAGUCCACAAAUAGUAUAUUUAUCUAUGUUUAAUUAUAGAGUGGAAAAUCGAGUAGAAUCAUUAGAAAGGAAGGCAAGUGAAUUGUGGCCAAAAAAAAUGAGGAAUGAGACAACCUGUUUCGUGUGCUUGGUAGGAAAUUAUUAGUGGUCUCAAUGCUCCACAACAUGCUAUCUGCCUUGAGCGGAGGUUACCUUUUCCAUUGGGAUAUGACAGAGCCACUUCAAGGACACUAGCUUAUGGGAAUGUUGAUGGAAGUCACUAAAAAUUUCCACAAUGAAUCAACAAAAAUCCAAUUGCAAAUCUUCAAUCACUAUCGCACCCAUGAAUCCAAACAUGACCUUCAAUCAAUGCAUUGCCACUACUUCAUAAUGUUUCACCACACCACCCGCGACAACAACCACCAAUUACACUACACCUACACAAAGUUCAUCUCUUGCUCACCCAUCAAAUAUUGCCAAUUCUAUCAAACAUGGCAACUUAAUAUACUACCACACCCAAUUGCAACAAACUCACCCUUUUCACCCAACUGCACAAUCAAAUUACAUUGCCACACUUGCAUCACAAACUCACCCAUUUGCACUUGCCUCACCAACCCAGUCGACAUCAGCCUCACAUCAUCCUCUACACCUAACUGUGCCGCCCAUUCAUCUUGUUGCAAUUGCCACUCCAACUUGUCAACAAUAUGACAUGAAAGAUCAAUCUACUCAACUUGGAGGAAACAAUGAGCAACAACAAAUAAACCAAAUGCCAGAUGACCAUGCUAAUGAUAAUCUUAAUAGGUGCAUAACUGAUGAUCCAAGUGACAAGGAAGGUGAUAAGUUGGGAAUGAAAAUUCCAGUUGCUUUACAGUUCAAUUCUAGUUUUUAUUGUGGUAUGCUAAGGCAUUGUUUAGAUUUUGAAAUGGUGGCUUGCAAGAACUUGAAUAAGGGUUCUAACUUUUGUUCCUUUGUGCUGUUGCAAUGCAAUGAGAGGUUUGCUUUUAAGGAUACACAACAAGUGCCAUUUAAUUCAUCCAAUGAUUCUCCCCAAUGCAUUUUGCUAGGAAUUAGUUUGCAUUUAAAUGCUUUAGCAAUAACUUCAAAGGAUAACAAGAAACUUUGUCUUUAGGAAGAUAGUUUAGUUUGCUUGACUUCACUGCAUCCUCUCACUCCCCUUCAUGUUGUCAAGAUCCUCUUCAUGAAUCUUUGACUUCGGCCUUUGCUAAAAAAGAUAUGGUGGUUGUUGACAAUGGAGUUUGUUAGGACUUCAUGUAAUGGCAGGGCACAAAACCAAGGCACACCACAAAAGCAAGACAAAGAGGAAGACACAAAAGCAAGGCAGCAGUUGGACCACUAUGAAAAUGCAGACACGUGGCAAAUAAAAUCAAGGGUUGUUAGAGGAGAAAGAGGUAUAAAAAUAGAAGAAAAGAAGGAGAGAGGGGAGAGACUUUUUUCAGGAAAAAAUAGGCAGCUUCAGCUGAGAAGGAGAGCCCAGCCUCUCGAAUGCUGGUGAAGGAGGCCUGAGCUGGAGAUCCUACAGUUCAGUGCUUAGUUUCUUUAAUAUUUGGUUUCUUGAUUUUCUAUUCGUAUUAUUAGAACUGGUUGUAAGCAAAACAGAGCAUUUGCGCUUUCUGUGGCAGUUAUUUUAUUUUAAUAUCAAGAAUACAUUCUGAACAACUUGACUACUGUUUAUUGCAAUAUUUCAUACAACAUUCACUGUUACAUUGUCAUUGUUUCCGCUAUGGUCUGAUUGCUGAGGCAUCCGAAUAACCGCGUCGAAGCCAGCCUGAGUUAUUUGCCAGAUAAUCGAUAGCAGGUGCCUAUCAUAGCAGCAGGUGCCUAUCAUAUGGUAUCAGAGCACCUUCCUAGAUAGAUCUGGAAUUAGGAAAAAUGGAGUUGGAAAACAGAAACAUGGCAAAUAAAAAUAGAGACAUGAACAAAAAUUGGAGAGAGAUUUUUGAAGACGCUUUGUGGAUUGCCCAAAAGUUGGGUCUCCCUUCCGCAAAUAAACUGCAGGAGCGUUUGAGAGAGCUUGGGCCGCCAACAACAGUCCAAAAACAGGAAACUAGUAGGGAAGCAGAGAGCAAGAAAGAUGGGUCAAUUGAAAUGGGAGAUUUUGACAGAAGGGCAUCAAUACCCAGGGAUGAUGAAGUAAUCUUCGGCAAAAUCAAGGUAGAUCUGGUGGAAACAGUACAUUUCGAUGGGGGUUUUGCUGGUUCUAACAAAGUCCGGCCACUUGAAUCAACUCCCAUGCUCAACCUUCAUGCUUUCCGGUCAAAAGAGAUGAAAACUAGUGUUGGAAGCGUGAAGAAAAGAAAGGAAAAGGAGGCUGCAGGUGGAAAGGAAAAAGAAAAAGUGGGAAUUAAAAACCCUACCCGCAGUCCACCUAAUCCAGAAACCCAACCCAACCCAAAAGCUUUAUCACAUAAUUCAAACCCAAACCAAUUUCAAUAUACACCCAACUUUAGUUUCCACAAAUCAAACCCAACCCAGCUUUCAUUUUUUAUUAAUCACCCCAUUAACCAAACCAAAAUAUAUGACCCAGGCCCAAGCCACAAAAUUUUCCUUAGCCGCACCUUCUUUUCACCCCACUUCCUUCCCUUCUCCACUUCCACCUCCACCGCUACUCCUCAGCCCCUUCACUCCUCACUCCACCACCCACCUAUCUCUUCUUACCCUCUCAACAUCCACAACUCUUCUUCACCUAAUAACUUUACUACCAACAUUGACCUUGACGUUGAAAACUUCUUCACUUUGCUUCGCUUGUCAGUUCAAUACGGUGACGUGUCACUUGCCAAAGUCGUGCAUGCUUCCAUUGAAAAAAUUCAAGAAGAAGAGCAUACUUGUCUCGGUAAUCCUCUUAUUUCAGCUUAUGUCAAAAUGGGUCUUGCUAUUGAUGCCUAUAAAGUCUUUACUGGACUUUCAAACCCCAAUGUUAUGUCUUUUACGUCUCUGGUUUCGGGUUUUGUGAAAUCUGGUCGAGAGAAGGAAGCAAUUGAGUUAUUUCUUAGGAUGCGAGAUGAAGGUAUUGAGCCUAAUGAACACAGUUUUGUUGCUAUUCUGACUGCUUGUAUUAGACUUUUGGAGUUGAAUUUCGGUUCACAAGUUCAUGGUUUGAUAGUCAAAAUGGGCUAUUUGGACAAUGUUUUUGUUGCUAAUGCGCUUAUGGGACUUUAUGGUAAAUUUAGUGGAUUGAUGGAGUAUGUAGUUAAAGUGUUUGAUGAAAUGUCUCGACGAGACAUUGCGUCUUGGAAUACUGUGAUUUCUAGCAUGGUUAAGGAGCUUAAGUAUGAGAAAGCAUUUGAAUUGUUCUGUGAUAUGAAAAGAAAUGAUGAUUUUAGAGUUAAUUAUAUCACAAUUUCGACCCUUUUGACGGCUUUGACCGGAAGUUUUAGAUGGAUGGAAGGCCGAUCUCUGCGUGCUCAUGCUAUUAGAAUUGGGAUAGAGUGCAAUUUGAGUGUCAACAAUGGGCUUAUUGGGUUCUGCACCAAGUGUGGAAGUGUAAAAGGUGUGGAGGCCAUAUUUGAGAGGAUGCCUAUUAGAGAUGUUAUUACUUGGACGGAGAUGGUAAUAGCCUACAUGGAAUUUGGGGUAGUGGACUCUGCAGUGAAGACAUUUGAUAUGAUGCCAGAGAAGAAUUGUAUUUUGUACAAUGCUCUUCUAGCUGGAUUUUGUAAGAAUAGUAGGGGCAUGAGAGCAAUUGAUUUUUUUGUUAAGAUGGUGGAGGAAGGUUUAGUCUUAACGGAUUUCACUUUGACCAGCGUUAUUAAUGCUUGUGGGUCACUAGCAGAAGUAAAAUUGAGUAAGCAAAUUCAUGGGUUCGUUUUAAAGUUUGGUUUUGGUUCAAAUGCUUGCAUUGAAGCAACAUUGUUGGAUAUGAUGACAAGGUGUGGGAGGAUGGCAGAUGCUGAGAAGAUGUUCCACCAAUGGUCGUCAUACCAGGAAAGCUCCAUAAUUUGGACAUCGAUGCUAUGUGGGUAUGCUCGAAAUGGGCAGCCAGAACACGCAAUUUCUCUUUACCACCGCAGCUCUGGAAAAUUAUCAAAUGUUGUCACAACUUUUGUGCUUACUAAUUGUCAGAAGUUUUUUAUCAACAGGCAGAACCUACUUCCUUUCGAAAUCGCUCAAGAGAGUUCUGCAGCAAUGAAGGUGAAGUAUCCUAGCUUUCACCUUGAGGACAAGGUGAUUCUCGUUGGGCGGGGUAUUGUUAGGACUUCAUGUAAUGGCAGGGCACAAAACCAAGGCACACCACAAAAGCAAGACAAAGAGGAAGACACAAAAGCAAGGCAGCAGUUGGACCACUAUGAAAAUGCAGACACGUGGCAAAUAAAAUCAAGGGUUGUUAGAGGAGAAAGAGGUAUAAAAAUAGAAGAAAAGAAGGAGAGAGGGGAGAGACUUUUUUCAGGAAAAAAUAGGCAGCUUCAGCUGAGAAGGAGAGCCCAGCCUCUCGAAUGCUGGUGAAGGAGGCCUGAGCUGGAGAUCCUACAGUUCAGUGCUUAGUUUCUUUAAUAUUUGGUUUCUUGAUUUUCUAUUCGUAUUAUUAGAACUGGUUGUAAGCAAAACAGAGCAUUUGCGCUUUCUGUGGCAGUUAUUUUAUUUUAAUAUCAAGAAUACAUUCUGAACAA